AUGACUCACACAGAAUCGCAAAUGGUAAUCACUUUCCCCACGGUUGGGAAGUGCAGAAUGAACCAGAGACAGGCCGGCUCAGUUGAAUCCAACCACCUCCGGAACAAGAUUGCGAAAGUUAUCAAGGAUAAUCCGAUUGGUCUCAAUCCUGAGGGCACUUAUAUGCCGGACAAACAACUUGAUCAGCUACUCACCGCCGAGACUGUCCAGUGUGCACUUGGAGGAUUGAAAGAUAUGGGACUCGUCACCUUCAUUCUCGAGCGCGCCUGCAAAUGUUUUGCCAUAUUGCAAUUGGUCUUCACCGAAUGUGGCCGCCGGCGACAAGCUAUCGAGUGGUUUCGGAAAACAAAAUUUGGGGACGAUAUUCUAGAUCAAACAAAAUACGAAAGAGUCUCGAAAGUUUUGCAGCUUUGUGGGCCACAGUGUACAGACACGGAGCACGAUUGCAAACACUAUUUUCCAGCGAACAUGCCUUGGGACACAACUGAGCUCGAAACUUUCAGUGAGAAACGCUGGCAUUUCUUAUUGCCGAUAUUCAGGGUUGAUCAAUUCAUCUACGAAAUCAAUGCUCAUCAAUUCCUGCCAUUCACGGAGAGAGAUACAACCGAAGGCCCAGGGGACGGCCAUUUCAGCGAAGUGUUUUGCGUCCGCAUGUUAGCCAAGCACCAGACCAAAAUCAAAACCAAAGAAGAUACAAUCAGAGUCGCGCUAAAGUCGCUCAAGCAAAUCCCAGAGCCAAGAUAUGACAUUGAGAAAGAGUGGCGCCGUGAGGCCAAAGCCUACCAGCAGUUGGAUGAUGCCAAUCGACAAUUUAUCCGAGGCAUCGCAGCAGUUCGGCAAGUAGCGACGUAUCAUCAACACAACGACAAUUAUCAUCUUGUCCUAGAAUGGGCAGAUGGCGGCAGCCUUCACAGCUUUUGGGAGGCUAAUCCUGAUUCUCAGAUUGGUAUAAAUGUCAAACAAAGUCGCGAACGCAUGUUGGAGAUGCUCGAGCAGUUGCAUGGACUCGCAGAUGCACUUGAGUAUAUGCAUACUUCCUCGUCCAGAUCAUCUGGUCGGAGCCAAUGCGGCUCCCCACAGAGAUCACGAGAGUCUUCACCAACGGGAAUUGACCCUAUCUCCGACUUCGGACACUUAUCAACUAUGCAGCUACCCCAAAUCUCAUUACCCAUCAGGGAUCUCGUUCAAGAACCAGAAGAUAUGCGGGAACACGAUCGGGGACUGCCUGAAGUAUCUGUGACUCCUUCCACGGGAGAUAUGCCUACCGCAAACCACCGUAGGCUUACCACGAUGACAUCUGACAACUGGCGCCACGGAGAUAUCAAGACCGAGAACAUUCUGCGAUUCAAGGGGGGGAAAGAAGAUGUUUGGCUGGGUACCCUCAAGCUUGCUGAUCUAGGCAGAGCUCAACAGCACUCCCUCAAAACUGAAUUACGGACUACAAAGGAGAAGGAACCGUGGAGAACUAUUUGGUACGAACCACCGGAUUUGAUUGACGAAGUCCAUGUGCAGGCCCAGGGAAAGAUUUCGCGUCUAUUUGAUGUUUGGUCAAUGGGCUGUGUCAUCUUUGAGACUGUAUUGUGGCUCCUCUACGGCAAAGAAUCUAUUGAAGAAUUCCUGCGCGCGAAUGACCUGGGGUCUGGUGAACAGGCCGCGACACCCUACUGGAGGAAACAACCUGGUGAGGGGUAUCAAGUAUCACAGGCAGCUUCAGCAUGGAUGAAAAAUAUCUUGGAAACAGAUCCCGAACGUGAAGGUGCCAUUGGAGAUCUGAUCAGGCUUGUGAAGGAUCGGUUACUCAAAAUCAAAUUGCCCCGCCAUUCCGAGAUAUACUCGCCAGGAUUCCGGACCAAUGCCUCAGAUAUGAGAAAAGAGCUCAAGCGAAUUUUGGAUCAUGCAGGACGUGAUAAAAAUUAUCUGUUCAGUGGGAAAGAUCGGACUAUGGCUCUACCGCCGAAGACAGAGUUGAUUAUGCCAACUACUUCAAUCAGCAAGACGGGCUCAUCUUUAUCUCCUCGCGAUGCAGAAGAUCGAGACCACAGGAGACGUCAUGGCCGAGCAACUAUAAUUGCCCAGCAGCGAGUAUACACCAACACAUUAGGAGAUGGAUGGAUCACUUGUGGUGACGACAGCUUCGUGGACACUAUCCUUCGGGACCGCCAAUUUUCGGACACACAACCAGAUAAAUGCCCUGAUUGCGAUGGCGUCGACGUUCUAUCCGAAAAAUUAUCGUUUGCCGUUGAUCAUCUCGUAAAUAAUGCAGGGGAUGAGGAGUGUGAUAUAUGUGAACUUGUCCACAGUACGCUUCAGUCGACAGAGCUCACAAAAAAUGGUCAUAUAGUUCUGGAACGUUCUGACGAUUGCUUUGUCAUGAAAGAUACGGGAAAGAAACUACUUAGACUUUGUCGAAUCUCGACAAGUGAGUACGACCUGUUCACCUGUCUGUUGAGCUUCAUAUUUAAUCUCGAUUUAGAUGCAAGCUCAGCCCACAAGGACAUUCCUAUUGGUGCUCCUACAUUGCUCGCUCCUCCUUCCGAAUUGAAUUACAAUUCUGACGACGGAUUCGUCAAACUGCUGAGAGCGUGGGUACAUACAUGCGAUGAGGCACAUUCUCAAUCGUGUCAACCCAACGUUGCGCAGACCAAAUUGCCCAAACGGCUGAUUCAUGUAAGAUCACAGAAAAAACCGAAGCUUGUGGAGACCAGAGACUUGGAUCCCAAAGACAUUCAAGAUCUCCGCUAUAUUGCAUUCUCGCACCGAUGGGGGAACAUGCCCACGGACGCUGUUACUACUCUUGGGAAUGUGGAGAAACGCAAGAAUAAAUUGAUCACCAAAGGUCUCCCCAAAAGUUUUCAAAACGCCAUUUCUGUAGCAGACGUGCUUAAAUGCGACUACCUUUGGAUCGAUUCGCUUUGCAUUCUACAAGGGCCGGACGGAGAUUUCAAUGAUGAAGCAGACACCAUGCAAGACAUAUUCAGUAACGCAUACUGCGUCAUCGCCGCCUGCGAUGCUGACGGUCGCUCGGACGGGUUCCUUAGGAAGAAGCAAACGAAAACGAUCUACCAGCAAGGGACGUAUUUAUCAAGUGUUACCAAUGACUUUGAACGAGACGUUCUCCAGAGUCCACUGAAUCGACGUGGUUGGGUACUGCAAGAACGUGCAUUGGCACGACGAACGAUAUUCUUUACCCGAAACCAGAUGUACUUUGAGUGCGGUGAUGGAAUCCGCUGUGAAACGCUUGCAAAGCUGAAAAAUGACGAAGUCGCCUUCUUGGGAGACCCGAUCUUCCCAAACUACACGAUUCGCGAGAACAGCACAAGGGGAUCGCAAAUCCAUCUCUUCACCCGGCUGUUCGAAAUGUACUCCAAGCUCGAGUUUUCCCACCGUGAAGACAAGCCCAUUGCUAUUGAUGGCCUGAUGCAUCGUUUGACUGCCGCGUUCAAAACAAUCAGUCUGGCUGGAAUGUUCAAGGCCUUCUGGGGCCGGUGUCUCCUAUGGCAAAGAGCUGGAUCACAAGCGCUGGAGAAGAUAGCGGCGGGAGCCCAUACCAAACGCCUACCACCCACUUGGUCCUGGUUGGCUUAUCACGGCGCCAUUUCUUUCCUUGAACCAGCCGGCGGCAAAGUAGAAUGGAACUCGUCCGUCCAUCUUCCCUUUGCCAAUCGUGCUCAAUCUUCCUGGCUCAAGACUAGUAAUCGCAGCGAGACCAACGCCUUGUUCGUUGAUGUGUUUCCUGUGCUCCCCAUUGGCAGCAAUGCCAACAAGGAGAAGGCGAUGAUCUCGUUUGAUGAUGGGCAAUCGUGGCCGGUGAAUGAGGAAGUCAUGUGCUUCAUUGUAGGCACGGAGAAGCAGACACAAUCAGCGACGGAGACGGAGACGAAUACUCAUUUUGUCGUGCUUGUUAAGCGCAUGGAUGGUCCCGAUUCUUCAUCUUUUGAACGCAUUGGUGUUGGCCAUUUCCCUGGGAGCUUCAUCUCCUGGGAGCCGAAGGUGUAUGGGAAGAUUGAGUAG